GGGAUCGAGUUCACAUUUAUCACCAGAACAUGCUUUUCAAGAUUGACGUUGGUGUUGCUUUCGCCACUCGCCCAACAUGGGUCGAACGUCUUUCGAGAGAUAGACUCUGCCUCGUCCGCAAACGAUGGGAUUCACCCAGACCAAAGCCAACCGAAUACAUAGAAGUAUACGACGACGUGCCGGAAUAUGAUUACUAUGUCGAACCAGCCAAACCACAGCAGCACCUCCAUCAGCACAAUCACAACCAUCAACACUUCGUCCACUACGACCAAUCAUCUGUUGCUGCUCCACCCGAUAUCCAAAUCGAAGUCAACCUCGACAAGCCACGAAGACCUGCUACUCCACCUCCCUCGCCUGCGCUUCCUCAAAUGGCGAACCAUGGUCACUCAGCUCCACCGCUGUCUCCAUUCCAUGAGAUGCCUGAGCAGCAAAUGCAGCCCGACCAUGUCCGGUACAGACGAGUUCCUGUUGAGAGGGUGCGUGUCCAGAGAGUUCAAAUUGACGUGGCUCGUCAUCACCACAGACGUCCGUCUGUACGACGCCCAUCAAAUGAACGCGAUAUUGUGUAUCUGCCAGUCCGAGAAAACAACGCGCGCAGGCAUGAGGCUUCAAUUUCGGAAACCGCAGUCUGGGACGAAAGUCUGGGUGCAUUUGUCAUGAGGCGCAUGCCCCGCGUGAGGUUCGAAUAAGGACCAGGCAAUCCACCAUACAAAGCAUUGUAUCCUAGCCUUACCACCUUUCUGGGACACCAUCUCGACCGAGACGUCCUUGAAGUUUCUCUGGAACAGCACACCUCUCAGCCUUGACAUACAUGGAGCUGGCUUUCACACCCUCCAUCAAUACUUCUGAUGAUGACGCCGUUCGUCUGGAAUCGCCUUUCCUCCGCAGAAAGAAACACCCACCACGGCCAUAUGCACAGCUACCGUCCUUGAAACCAUAUCAUCUAUUUGCCAUAUUCCUGGGAGAUGCCCCGCAAGCAGUAUUUGAACAGGAUAGGUUGGUACGAAAGACCGAUCGUCGCCAAGAGUAGGAGUCAAGAAUGAGGGAUCAGAGGGCAGAAGUAGGA